GUUUUACACAAAGAGCCCCGCGCAGCCAGCUCACUCCUCAGAAGGGUUUAGGACCAUGGGGUCAGCCGGCGCUGGGCACAUUCUGCUCACUUGUUUUCCUCACCCGAAACUCUGAGAGAUACUUACUAUCACACCUCAGAACAACCGAAGCUACCCGACAUGGAGCUAUAAUGCUGCUUACACACACACACACCAACUCUUCGGAGCAGCAAACUUGACUUUUUCCCCGACUGGACUAACGCUCACUCCGCUGUAGUGGUCCCACAGAACAACAAACCUUUGACUGCACCUACCAGUGCUGCUGGUCACGUUAAACCAACUCAAUUCAAAAACUGAAUCUGAUGUCUAACCUCUUCAAUACCACUGACCCCCUGGCGGACAGUUCAGCAGGGACAGACAGAGAAGCCUGUACAGACAACAUGUCCACCAGUACCACCGGUCAACCCUGCAAGCAGGAGAGGAAAGGCAGUUUCUUCAAGCUGAUCGACUCAUUUGCCUGGGAAAUUGGCACACUGAAGAAGGAAAUGGGUAAAAAGACUGAACCUGCAGAAGGAGACCACAAGACAGAUACACUCCUUGGGCUGGGUGAAGAGGUAGGAGGUCUCUUCCUGCAGGCUUCACCUUGCUCUGGGAUGGGAGCGGGGCUGGCUGGAGCCAGAGAUUCAGGCUAUGACUCCCUCCACCGGCGGCUCAGUGUUCUGGACAGACUGGUGCAUACACAUGCCGUGUGGCUACAGCUGGGCCUCAGCCACCAGGAUGCCACACAUAUCCUGCAGAGCCGGCCCACUGGGACAUUCGUGGUGAGGAAGUCAACCAGCCUGCAGAAGAAAGUAAUAUCUCUACGCAUGGACAAAAACUACACAGUUCCUGUCAAAGACUUUCCUGUGAAAGAGAGCCAGUACACUUUCUCUUUGGAGGGAUCAGGCCUGAGCUUUGCAGACCUUUUCCGUCUGGUGGCCUUCUGCUGCAUAAGCAGGGAUGUGUUGCCCUUCACUCUGAAGCUUCCGGAGGCCAUCGCUUCAGCCAGGACGUCUGCUGAUCUCGAGGAGGUUGCUAAACUUGGAGCAGGCUUCUGGGACGCUCAGUUGUGUCACAGGAGGAAGGGCUCACUCUCCUUGUCAGGAAUAGCUGCUCCGGACAGACCGCCUCCCCCUGCCCAGAGACCAGUCUCCUUGGCAACCAUCCCAGGGCGCCCUCAGCUUAGAACUCGCACACCAUCUGAGCUCGAGUGUUGCCAGUCCAAUGGAGCUCUUUGCUUCAUCAACCCUCUCUUCCUAAAGGUUCACCAACCAGACAGCGACGACAGCUCCACUUCAAUUCUCCCGGGCACAGCAAAGCAAGGCCUGAGGGAAGAACCCAUUAGCAACAGCCUAGAAACCAACAGCAAGGACACCCAACACUCGGGUCCUCAGGUCUGUUGCUCAGAUCACAGUGACAGCAGCCAGUCAGGUCAGAGUAACCUGCAGAGCCUUGGCAGAACCACAGAGCUACAGGACGAUAACAGUGAAACUGGCAGCAGCAGUCAGAAGCUCAGUGUGGCAGACACUGUUUCACGGUCCCCACCUCCUCGUCCACCCCCACCUCGCUUUGCGCCACGACGCUCAGCCCCUCCUCUCCGAAAGCGCAGUAUGCCCGAGAAAAUCCCUUGGAUCAAUGUCCCCAAGGACAAGGGGGAAGAGAGAGAGAGGGGCAGCAGCCUCCUUUCUCGUCUGGGCUCCUCGCUAAGCAUCAGCCCCUCAUCUUCCCCUCCCAAGAGACUCAGCAUAAGUUCCCCCAUAUCCAUCCCCCGGCCGUCCCUGCCCAUCUCUCUGUCAUCUCUCUCCUCCUCCCCACGUCGGGCCAAGGCGUCACCAUCAUCCAGCCAGGAGGAUGCCCAGUGCCACUUGGCGCUAGAGGACCAGACCAUUGAAAAGGCCCUUAUUAGGGCCGAACUGUCCAGGCGUAAUCUUACCAGAACCCCCGCCCAGGACUCCAGCAGUCCUCCAGACCCUUCACUGAUUACAACAGGCAAACGGGCAGAGGUGACAGGAGGGGAAGAGGAAGCAGUCGAAGAAUGCAGCGGCGGCGGCCAGCGGCUGAGUGACAUGAGCAUUUCCACAGAUUCCUCAGACUCUCUGGAUUUCUCUCAGUCCUCAGCCUUCUUCCUUCCUCCUCUCCAUGACCCCAGCCCCCCCACUGUGGCUGACUUCAACACCCACCUCCCCCUCUCCCUCCCACCAUCCCACCUACCUUACUGCAGCAUGGAAGAGGACGACGACGAUGAGGACGAUGAGGACGAAGAGGAGCCUGACUAUGGUGUGAGUCUUGAGAGCGACCAGGACCAAGACCAGGACCUGACCAUGGUGCCACCGGGCCACCGCACAAAGCGUCGCCCCAGUGCCAGCGCUUUGGUCCUGCAGAAUGCCCUGCGAGGGCACCUACGCAAGAUGAGCGGUGUUUUCAACUCGCUGCUGACACCUGAGAAGAGGGCGAUCCGCAGGGUGAUGGAGCUGUCCAGGGAUAAAGGCUCGUACUUCGGCUCCCUGGUGCAGGACUACCUCAGCUACAUGGGCGAGGGUGCAGGAACCCAGGCUUGGCAGGGCUACGCCUCUGGACUGGAGCUGGUGCAGACUCUGCGGCAGUUUAUCACACAGAUGAAGAGCUAUCUGCGACAGAGCUCCGAGCUGGAGCCUCCAAUCGAGAGCCUCAUUCCUGAAGACCAGAUCGAUCGAGUCCUGGAGAAGGCCAUGCACAAGUGCGUCCUGAAGCCCCUCAAACCGGUGGUGAGCGUGGCCCUGAAGGAGUUCCAGGUGCGCAGCGGUGCGUGGCAGGAGCUGAAGGAGAACCUGUCGUUGGCCAAGGCCCGGCAGCCGCAGGAAAUGGGCGUGGCCGACGCGCUUCCUCCGGACCCCCUGGCCAUAGAGAAGAUCAAGCACAAGUUCCACACCAUGAGUAAACUGUAUUCCCCUGAGAAGAAGGUCACCAUGCUGCUGAGAGUCUGCAAACUCAUCUACACCAUCAUGGAGGACAAUUCAGGCCGUCUGUAUGGUGCUGAUGACUUCCUGCCCAUGCUGACCUAUGUGUUGGCGCAGUGCGACAUGCCCCAGCUGGACAAUGAGAUUCUCUACAUGAUGGAGCUGCUGGACCCCUCACUGCUCCACGGAGAAGGUGGCUACUACCUGACCAGCGCCUAUGGAGCCAUGUCCCUGAUCAGAAACUUCCAGGAGGAGCAGGCAGCCAGAGUGCUGAGCUCUGAAACCAGGGACACACUCCACCAGUGGCACCGCCGACGCACCACCCAGCGCUCCGCCCCUUCCAUUGAUGACUUCCAGAACUACCUGCGGGUGGCGCUGCAGGAGCUGGACAGCGGCUGCACGGCCAAGACCCUUCAGGUCCGACCUUACGCCACCGUGGAGGAGGUGUGCCAGCUGUGUGCCUACAAGUUUAAAGUGCCAGACCCCGAGAACUACGGCUUGUUCCUGCUGAUGGAGGGCAGCAGCCAGCAGCUGGCGCCGGACAACCACCCUCAGAAGAUCAAGGCGGAGCUCCACAGCCGCUCGCAGGCCACCCCCUUCCACUUCGUCUUCCGCCGCAUCGCUACCAGCGACACCUCGCCUUCGGCUCCCCUCGACCCCACGCCUAACCUCAACGACCUCACCGUGACCUCUGCCGCCCAGGCCAACCUGAAUGAGCUCAGCACGGACCUGUCACCCCCAACCCCCCAGCCCGCUCUCAGCACGGGCCUCAGUCCUGCUCUGAGCCUCAGCCUGCCGCCCAGCCACCUCAGUGGCGACUCCAUAUCCAUAUGACUGUAGCAGGGGGGCCGACUGGAACUUUGAACGGGCUCUUUGUGUCUGUGACAGUAUCGCCCAUUAUCCCGAACAAACGUGGUUCCGUGAGAGCGUAAAUGGUAAGCAUGUCGACAACUAGGCCAAAUGCUGUGCCAGUUUUUACAAGGCCUGACUUCUCCUUUUGGAUGGCACGUCUGUCUCAGUCAGCAUCCCCUCGCUGGAAAGUUCUGUCUGACAGACGCGGGUGAAAGAGGAAAAAAAGAAAGCAGGGAAGGAAGUGAGAGACAUGGAGCUAUUUUUCUUUUUACUUCCUCGGCUCUAGAUUUGGCUUCAGAGUUUUCAAAGUCUACUCGGAUAGUUAAUGUUGGAGGUAGUGUAAAGACCACACAAACACUGAAGUGUGUUCACAGUCCUGCCUUAAUGCUGGAGCUUCAGGGUAAACCUUUAGGGUGCAUAGAGGGAAAUCAGAUCUCAGACAGACGAGAGACUAAUGUUUGAUCAAUCACUUUAAAUAUACAACAGAUUUAUUUAGAAGAUAGCUACGACUAUGAUUUACUUGUUACAGUUGCUGGUAAACUGUGUUUUUUUAUGUUGUUUGUGUUUUGAAACUGUUAAUCCUUCAGAUUGUUGUUAUGUUUUGAUGGGUUUGGGGACACCCAGUGGCGGCCAGUGCACACAGCAAUGUAAUAUAUACUGCAAUAUAUAUGUCUUUGCCUGCCUGCCUUUUCUGUAUUGACUCCCAUUAGAGGAUAAUCCAUUAUAUAAAGUCUAUGCUGUGAUAAUCUCUAUCAACAAAAAACAACACAAGUACAAACAAAAACAUAAGUACCAAAACACAAAAAUGACUCCUGUACAUAUAAUGUACAGUAAAGCUUAAUACAACAGCAGCGGUGCUUGAACGUCAGGCUCAAGAUGCUAAAACGACACGUAGCAUUAAAAGACUUCUCCACUGAUUUAGCAUUGCACUCCUGCCUGAAUCGAUGCAGCAGAGGUGUCAUCUUUUUUAAUCCACACAAUCUCGUUCCCUGUCAUCUGGUGCCUACGUUACCCACAAUGCAACUUCACCACAGACAGUUCGGACAGAGAUUGGGGUGUUUUAUGCUAGUAGCGGCUAAUGUAGCCUCAAGCAGAAAUGAGGGGGUGGGCUACAGAGGUCUCCACACCCCCAGAUGUUUUUUCAUUUUUAAACUUGAUGACUCAAGUGACAUCACGUGAGGCAGUUUGUCAGCCUUCACGCAGCUCCCUCUGGAGCCACAAAAGGAGUCGCACUUCCCAAGACACUUCAGGAAAAACAGCUUCAUUCUGUCAAAGCCUGCUACCAAAAGUGUGGCGCCGUUUCCUUUGUAUGCUUGUUGGAAUACCAGUGCCUACUUCUCUGUUCUGACUUGAAACUGGAUGAUAAUCCAGUGGCAGUGUAUUUCUCUGUCAUAUCUAUGCUGUGGCUACUGCAGCCAGCGGUUGACGAGCCGGUUUCUCCCUUCUGCUUUCGACAUGCAGCAUUUCCUGCACACUACGUCGCAUAUCUGCAGGUUGAUCCCAACAUUAUCAGUGAAGGGCAUAAUAAUAUACAAUGAGGCAUUUUUACCUGAUGAUCUUAAGGAUUAACGUUUUAAAAUUUGUAAAAUAUUGUACUUGCAUGUGUUUAAGUGUAAUGUUAGAAACAGGCAGAUCUGCCAGUGUUUAAAAAUGUAACACUCAUUUAUGUAUUUAGUGAUUAUCCUGGUGAUAUGAAAUAUACUGUAUCAUACCUGAUAGAUAUUGCUUGUUAAAGGGUAUCUUUUCCAUUCAGAUUGACAAUAUGUGACUGAGGAACAACUGUGGCUUAUAAUUACAGACAGGUCUCUGUACUACUGACGAACGAUAAAGGUCUUAAUCCUGGCGGGAAAGAAAAGACGUGGUCAGUUAUAAAAAAGGACACGUGGACUUCAAAGCUGGUCUGAGGUCACACACAGUGAAACACAGCGUGGAUGUGUGGAAGACAGCGGUAUGUGAGGGCACAGUGGACAGGAGGGGGAACGUUACUGAGAUGGGUGCGCUCUCCAGUAAUACAGUCUACAUCAGUAUUGAGUUUGGUACUGUCAGUCAAAUAAAAUACUUGAAAUGUUCUUGUGAAAUGUUAAAGUGUCAGUAGUUGCAAAGUCAAAUUGAUAUGCUGUUUAUUUACCGGGUGUGUUGAACCGUAACACUCUGUUCAUUCCUGUUGUACGUCGCCGUGAGAGGAUGUUAGAGUCGAGAGGGAAGUGAAAAGUGGUGGUGAAGGGAAACCUGAGAGCUUUCGGAGGCGGUUGAGCAGCAGUAACGUCAUGUAUCACCUGUAUGUAACCUUACCAUGUGUAUCUCUAGGGGCCAAGUGUUCAAAGUCUGAAUUGACUCGUACUGCCAUGUUAUUGAUAACCUAACUCUCCUUUGAUAAAGCAAAGUAUUUAUGUGUCUCUGUCUGUGCGGGGAUUUUUCACAGAUGGCUUUUCCGUGUAUGUAAUAUUCUUUGUGGUGUCAAAGUGUCAUUUGCAUCCAGGAGACAUGUUCCUGUUUAUUCUUUGUCAUUCAAUGUUGUCAUAAAUAUUCGUUUGCACUUAAUAAAUGUCUGAACUGGAAUACAA